AGUUCACUUUUCCCUGCCGGGUGCCAAGAGGACGGGACAGGACUCAACUUUGCCGGAGCCGCAGCUGUGUGCUACGGACCGAUCAUGGGUGACUGGAGCUUUCUGGGAAACAUUUUAGAGGAAGUUAACGAGCACUCUACGGUGAUCGGCCGGGUGUGGCUCACGGUGCUCUUCAUCUUCCGCAUCCUGAUCCUGGGCACGGCGGCAGAGUUCGUGUGGGGCGACGAGCAGUCCGACUAUGUCUGCAACACGCAGCAACCUGGAUGUGAGAACGUGUGCUACGACGAGGCCUUCCCCAUCUCCCACAUCCGCCUUUGGGUGCUGCAGAUCAUCUUUGUCUCCACGCCGUCGCUUGUGUACGUGGGCCAUGCCGUGCACCACGUCCACAUGGAGGAAAAACGCAAAGAGCGUGAGGAGGCAGAACUUAGUCGGCAGCAGGAACUGAGUGAGGAGCGUCUCCCYCUGGCACCCGACCAGGGAAGUGUCCGGACCACAAAGGAGACCAGCACCAAGGGAAGCAAGAAGUUUCGCCUGGAGGGCACCCUGCUGAGGACCUACAUUUGCCACAUCAUCUUCAAAACCCUGUUUGAGGUGGGUUUUGUGGUGGGCCAGUACUUUCUUUAUGGCUUCCGCAUCUUGCCGCUAUAUAAAUGCAGCCGUUGGCCCUGCCCCAACACGGUGGACUGCUUUGUGUCUCGCCCGACAGAGAAGACGGUCUUCAUCAUUUUCAUGUUGGCUGUGGCCUGCGUCUCACUCUUUCUCAACUUUGUGGAGAUCAGCCACUUGGGCCUGAAGAAAAUUCGCUUUGUUUUUCGUAAGCCAGCUCCAGCCCCGGCCCAAGGUGAGGGCUCAGCACCCCUGCCAGGAAAGAGUCUGCAUCCACUGGCAGUUCCUGCUCUGCAGAGAGCAAAAGGCUACAGGUUGCUGGAAGAAGAGAAAGUUCCCCCUGUAACGCACCUCUACCCUUUGGCCGAGAUAGGUAUGGAGGCCGGCAGAGGGACCCCACCGUUUCAAGGUCUGGAGGAGAAGAUGGAAGAGGUGCUGCCCAUGGAAGACAUCUCUAAGGUGUACGAUGAGACUCUACCUUCCUACACCCAGACAACUGAGAUAGGGGGGAUGACAUUAGAUGAGGUGGAGGCCCAGGAGGCGCCUCUGCCAGAAGCGGAAGCAGAGAAAAUGGAGAAGGGUGUAGAGGAGGAUGCAGAGGUGGAGGGGGCCGUGAACGAGGAGGUGGCAACUCCAGAUGAUGCAGGGAUGGAGGCCACCGACACGAUAGAAGACACCAGACCUCUGAGCCGACUGAGCAAAGCAAGCAGCAGGGCCAGGUCAGACGAUCUCACCAUAUGAAACCCGCGAGAGAGAGUACACGCAACUAAGUUGCAACAACACACACUUGUGAUCAGGCAGGAAAACAAGUGGAUAAAAAAAAAAUCAACAAGGAUAGAAAAGACAGUUCUGAAAAAGUGACAAAACAAAACAAAUCAAAACAACAACAACAAAAAAAGAUCAGAGUGUUUGUGCUAAAGAUGAAACACCAGAAAAAGCAGAUACUAAAGACGAGUCUUUUUAUUAAGUGUGUUUUUAUAUUAAAAAAAAGAAAAAAAGACACGUGGGUGGGAUUUUUUUUUACUUGACAAUUUUUUUGUUACGUUUUUAGACAUCUUUUCUAAUACAAAAGGUAUUUGCAACAACAACAACAACAAAAUAGAAACGUUUACAGCAGUUUGAAUAGGUAGGGGAAAGAGUUAUGCUUGUGUGUCUGCGGCUCAGUAASUUUGCUGUAAAUCGACACAGACCUUCAUUUUUCCUUUUCACAAUAACAUGCUGUAAAUGCAGCAUCUGGCUGCAGGCCUUGUGAAAAGACCCAACUGCUGGUAAAUUUAGAGGCCCGGCUUUUGUAAAGCAGGGAAAAGGUUCACUUUCAGGUUAGGAGGUGCAUUUACCUCUUUUGCACAUUCAGAGGCUUCAUCUCUGCAAGGUUUUUAACUUUUACAAAACCUCAUCAGUGCAUCCAUUCACACUGGAUUUUUACAAGCGAAGAGAGAUCUGUGUCAGUUUUCCACCAUUUCUCUCUUUUUUGUGUUUAUAUAUAAAGCAACACCAUCAAAACUGAGUAAGUGAGGGGAAACAAACAAAAAAAGACCACUUGUUGAAUGUCUGUCUCAAUGCGAUAUCCAUUUUUUUUCUUUUUAGAUCUGCUAGUGUUUCGUAGAUUUUGRGAAAUCAGUGUACUGUGAUACGGAGCUGCCCCUGUGGCUCGUUUUUGCCCAAUCAGAGAGUGAACUGUGGUAGUGACCUCAGGCCAAAUCCUCUCUUUUCGCGCUGUACAAAUAGGCGUCCGGGCGAUAAAGAUCAUGCAGUAUCAGCGCAAAGCAUUGUUGGACGUGACACAAUAAAAGAAACCACGCUCAUCAAUGAAAACAAGCAUCCUUGACAUUCAUGUGCAGAGAAAAAAUAAAUCUAACAAAUUUUAUGCAAUUUUUUAGUCCUCAAUCCUGAAUAGAAAACCAUAACCAUCGUGACACGCUUACAAAUUUAAAGAGAAACAAAGCAUGUUUCACUGUAAAAAAAUCUCGACUCAUCUUAUACAUAAUGGGGCACUGCAGCUGCUUUGAGAUAUUUUACUGUUAAAGGAAAGAAAGGGCUUUUAAACAUAUUUAUGGAAAAUUUGACUCACAAAUCCACCUUUUCCAGAAGUAUUUCCCACAUAAAAAGUGGAAUUUCCCACAAAUUUUUACUAUAUCCGACUUUGUUCAUUCAAACUGUACCAGGUUGUGUGCCUUAUCUGUAAAUAUCAUGAUCAGUUAUAAGAUUGUAGAAGGUGAUAUUGUUCUGGGACCUCUGUGAACUUUAUCAUUUUUUUAACAAUACAUUUAUUUCUGUAUGUGAAACCCCCAUCACACAAUGCCUCAGUGUUAGGAAGAGAAAAUGGAUUUCUAUGACUGAUGCAUGAAGUUUCAUGUUUGUGGAUGAGAUCACACUUAGCGCAAACUUGUGCUUCAAUGUGUGUCUUUUGGGGCUCCAGAGAAACUCAACAGGAGGCAACUUUKACCUCUUUGUGACCCUAAUCUCCUCACCUCUCGAUUCAAUGCAGCGGCACAUAAAAACCCACAAUGAUAAAAGCAUGAUGCUGGUUCUUUUAUUUAAAAAAAAAUAAUAAUUGUGACUGGUAAUGUAUGAUUUUAUGUAUGUUAAGACUGUUGCAUUACCUGUAUGUUUGUAAGUAGACCAUCAUUAACAUUUGGAAAGAAAAAAAAAACAAACAUUUUUACUAACUCGUAGUCUUAUUUUCUAACAGAUGUGUGGCAGUGUCUUUUCUUAGAAUGUGAACUCAAUAAAAAAGUCACACGUGGUCAA